AUGGGAAAUGAUCCACCAAUAAACAUGAAACAACGAAACCCAGACCAGGCCUGGAUAUUUACCACUGUCGAACCUCCAGAACAUUAUUAUAAUACUGAUUAUAAGUCAAUAUCCUGGCAUAACACGAUGAACUGGUCAAGUCUGUACAGGCUUGAUUCGGAUAUACCAAAUCCCUAUGGCAUUUUAAUACGAUCAAACGAAGAUAAAGUGCAAAACUACAUUCCUGUUUAUAAUGCAAAGACAAGAAACGCACUUUGGAUGGUUAGUCAUUGCCAGGUUGCUAGUGCUCGAAGGCAGUAUGUGAAUGAAAUGAUAAGACUAGGUUUCCCUGUAGACAUCCUAGGAGGCUGUGGUUCAGAUGGAAGAAAAUUGAGCUCGGAAGAACUUGAACAUAUUAUUCCAACAUAUAAAUACUUCUUGGCGUUUGAAAACUCUUUUUGUACUGAUUACAUUUCAGAAAAGUUUUUUCAGAAUUACAAUUCUAGUUGGAUUGUUGUUGUAAGAGGUGGUGCAAACUAUAAACUUUUACUUCCUGAGCAGACUUACAUAAACACUGCAGACUUUUUAAAUAUCACCACCUUAGUAGAAUACCUCUUAAGUCUUGGAAAUGACAGAAACAGAUAUAUUGAAUUUCUUCGUAAUAAAGACAAGUACAUAAGUAUACGUUGGCCUGGGAAUCGGCACUGUGAAAUCUGUAGGAGAUUGAAUAACAUAACACGAUAUAGAAAAAUAUACAAAACACUUGAUCCUUAUCUUACUGCCGAGCAGUGCUUCAUGCCAAAGGACCUGUAA